CCUCCCGUUUUUCUCCAAACAUCAACUCCUCUGUUUGCUUUUUCUUUUGUGUCUUUCCUCCACUUUUUUAAAAAACUUCCAUCGGAACAGAGACUAGUAAAAUCGCCGGAAAAAUUUUACACACAAAUCGAACUGUUUCACCUUCAGCUUUCGCUCAGCUCUUCCAUAUCGACGUCGUUUUUGUUCUUGUUUUUGAAGAUGACGGCGAUUAUGUAAAGUACUUUAAUUUUCCUUUUGCGUGGACUAAAAGAGGAUUGAACUGAAAAGAAAACAGUUUUUCCUUUAAAUGAGGAACUCGGGAAUAGUAUGAGGUUGCAACUAUGAGUUACAGCAACGACAGGAACAGACAAGGAAGAGAAGAGAGGGAACAAGAGCAGCAUGCUUUGCGGAGGUCUGUCGAGAGAGAAUCUAUGACCGUCUCGCAAAAUGGAUCCAUAACGGCCCCGCAGUUGACCAUCGAUGAAAGUCUCCUUGUUGACCCUAAAUUAUUGUUUAUCGGCUCCCAAAUCGGAGAAGGAGCUCAUGGAGAAGUUUAUAAAGGCAGGUAUGGCGAUCAAAUUGUUGCAAUCAAAGUGCUCCAGCGUGGGAGCACUUCAGGAGGAAUAGCUACACUUGAGAAUCAUUUUGUUCGUGAAGUCAAUAUGAUGUCGAGAGUAAAACAUGAGAAUCUUGUCCAGUUUAUUGGAGCUUGUAAGGAUCCACUGAUGGUGAUAGUAACAGAGCUAUUGCCAGGGAUGUCACUGCGGAAGUAUUUAGUUAGCAUUCGACCAAAUCAGUUAGACAUUCACGUGGCUUUAAAUUUUGCACUUGACAUUGCUCGAGCCAUGGAAUGUCUGCAUGCCAAUGGCAUUAUACACAGAGAUCUGAAACCUGAUAAUUUAUUGCUUACAGCAAAUAAGCAGUCUCUUAAGCUUGCUGAUUUUGGUCUUGCAAGAGAAGAAUCUGUGACUGAAAUGAUGACCGCAGAAACAGGAACUUAUCGAUGGAUGGCUCCUGAGUUGUAUAGUACUGUGACACUUCGUCAGGGAGAGAAGAAGCAUUAUAAUAACAAGGUUGAUGUCUACAGCUUUGGAAUUGUCUUAUGGGAAUUGCUAACCAACCGCAUGCCAUUUGAAGGCAUGUCCAAUUUGCAGGCUGCUUAUGCUGCUGCUUUUAAGCAUGAGAGGCCUAUUCUUCCUGAGAAUAUAUCCCCUGAUCUUGCAUUUAUCAUACAGUCUUGUUGGGUUGAAGACCCUAACAUGAGGCCAAGCUUUGGCCUGAUUAUUCGCAUGCUUAAUGCUUUUCUCUUCACACUUGCUCCACCCCCACCAUCUGUUCCAGAAUCUGACUCCAGUGAACAAGAAGCAACGAGUAAUGGCUCCAUUACAGAGUUAUCUGCUCGUGCAAGAGGAAAAUUUGCUUUCCUUCGCCAACUUUUCACUGCUAAAAAGCCCAGGAACUCACAAUGAGUGGGUAAAUUUUGUGUAAUUUUCUUUCUGUUCUAUUCAGAUAAAGUCGGUAUGCAAUAGUAGAUAUAUAUUUUACUGAAUCACUGCUUAGUUACCUUAAAUGAUUACCUAAGAAACAAAAAUGCUGAAAGGAAAUGAGGUUGAUGACGAUAUUAUUGGGAAAAUAGAAGACAAGACGAGUAUCAUUUUCAAUGCUAGUUAACCUUUUUGUAAAGCAGUUAAAUGGUUUUAGACCUUUUCCUGUUCAUAUCAAUAUCAAUACCUCAUUCUGAAACUACUCUUUGUUUUUUCAAUGCAAAGUAGCAAUUUAUAUUCAGUUUGAGUACAUGACAGGUAGAAUUGAUGAGUCCAGGUGUGCAGUAUUAUAUGAUUUAGCCAGCUUAUGAUUGUUAUUAUCAGGUUUAUAUUGCUUGACUGUGUUCAGUAUUUUUAUUCGGUACUAUAAAUUUGCUCUGUUAAGUUGGCCUGGAUAAUAGCUUCAAAGCCUGGAAAGAGGUUUUGAUUAGUUUUCCGAAGUUAAAUGCCUGAAAUGCAAUAUGUUCAUGCUUUCUUUGGAUCUAUGCUUGUAGGUGAGUUGUACAUGAAUCUGUAGGUUUGAAUUUGAAAAUCUGGUCACAUACUCUGCAUGUGUUAUUGUCGUACCAACUGCAUUUCCGAGAACAGAUUGGAAAAUAUGAAUAUGGCAAUGCCCGCACAUUAUUUUGUUUGACUGCUCAUGUACAUAAGUACGAAGAAGGGAUUUUUGCAAGGGACAUUCACUGUCCAAAUCAGAUCUCCAUUAGUCUGAUAACUGACAUGAUUUUUCUGAUCAGCUCAAUGUAAAGCUGCUUCCAUACCUGAGUACCUGAGUUGAGAAUCAGGGCAACUCAAACCACUGAAGCUGAGCUUCAGGACUGCUCGCAUUCUUUCCUCGAAUCAAAGGUAAAAGCUUCCAUGAUUGACAAAGUCUUUCCCUUCAACACACAUGCUAUGCAAUUGUUGACAUCUUCCCACUCUAACCUGUUACAGAAAAUUGCUGUCAAAGUUUCUUUCACAGCUUCUCAGUAGCCCACCUGCCCUGACAGUAUGAAGAGUCACAGUAGAAUGUGUAUGACCUAAUAUUGCACUAAUUUUAGAAGAUGGGGGGUUUUGAAUAUGGGAUUGGACGGUCGGUUUGACUGGAAACCCGGGGCAAUCCGGUGGAGGUGAUGGAUUAAACUAGAUAGGGGCGCAGGGUGCAAAACUAUCCGAGUAAGAUUAUACUUUAACCCCUUCAAUUUUAAAAGAGUUUUUAAACCAGUUACUCUUUAAAUUUAAAGUGAAGAAAAAUGUAAGAUUUAAAAAUUUUAAGAUUUUAUUGAUAUUUUGGUCGAAUCUAAUCUUGAGUUUUUGAACUUA